UCAGGAUUUCUUAGAAGGACAAAGAAGACGGUAUAUGUAAUGUAAGAUUACAGAAUAGAAAUGAAUGUAUUUUUCGAUAUUAAGAAUGUACAAAACAAUUCUCUAUAAAGAUAUAUCAUAAAUCAUAAACCCUUUGAAUGUAUCUUUUCUUAGGUAUCGUCCGUAUAAGUUGGAGGAAGAGGAGCAUCCGCUGACCCUAAGCAUCAGUGUCAAUCAGUUAGUAGGAUUUACUUUUGAACUGAUUUUGUCCUUGUGGUCGAUGCACAUAGGAUGGCAGGGCGUGCGUGCUGAGGAGUUCACUUCGCUUAGGAGGGAUGUUGGCUUGCAACAGCGGGAGGUCAUUCCUUCGACCAUGACAAAACGUACCCAACAAGUGCCUGUCUCUGCUAUCUACCAACUCUUACAAACUCACCCAGAAUUAAUGGUGUUUAACGGUAAUGAACAAUGUGAACCAGCUUGGGAGCUGGAUGAACAACGACCCCACUUUUCUAUGGAGAGGUUCAACUUCUACCUUACUCGUGGUAUUGUGGAUGGGCGUCUAUCUCCUUCGAGCGACAUUGUCGACAUUCGAGAUACUCCGUCACCUGACGGCGGUAGUGGGUGUCCUGCAGCGAGUUCUACUAAGGCUGUUGUGUUCCCUGUGGCUAAAAACCGCCAAAGUAAAACUGGCCUCAAACAUAAUAAAGAAAAUAGUUACUCAAACAAAUCGCUCGAUGAACAUAAAAACCAUCCAGAAAAUGAAUUUAAAUUCAGAUCUCCAGCACCAAAAUUCCAAGUCCAAAAUGCAAAUGAAACAAAUGGCGUAGAAAUAAAAAACGAUCUUUCAAAAAAAAACACAGACAGAGGAUAAGAAAGAAGAAUAUAAAAAAACUUGAAGAAAUGGAAACUUCUGAAAAAAUACCUUCAAAUACUGAAAAUGGAACUAUAAACACAGCCAAAGAAAGCACACACAGCAGGGCUGGAAUAAUGAAAAACACAGAAGAAAUACUGAAAGAUCAAGCAAAAAGACUCGGUGAAAAGGAAACAGAAGGUGAGAAUAAUAGAAAAAUAAGAACAGACCGACUAAGCAAUAUCACCGAGGGAAAUCAAGAAUCGGGCAAGAAACAGAAGCGUGUAGAGCAACCCGUUGAAACAAGAAUGAAUGGGGACAGUCACGGAAACAAAAAUCCGUUAGUUCGUCAGAAAUGUGGCCCGGAAGAAAUCAGUGCAGAAGAAAGACUGGACGUCAUUAUGAACCUGACGCCUCCCAGCCAGUUUCAGGACUUGUAAUAAUCUCUGCAGCCGUUGUGUAACAAGUAGGGAUAAAGUUCAUGUUUCUACUGAAACUGAUUAAGAUCGUUUGUGUUAUUGUAAAGCCCGAAAAUGAUAAUUUAUUGCGUAAUGAGAAUUAUUACAAUUCAUUAAAUUCCAUACAUACAGUUUA